UCAGAUAAGAGAACUACCCUGCGCUUUACAAGCAAUUGCUGCUAAAUGAUUCCCACAUGUGAGAUAGGGAACAUUUUCAAUCGCUGGGAGGGAAUCGACAGCACGGAGAGAUUCUGAAUUUGAAAUAUUAGCAGCAUGGCGUCGUUUUCUCACAAAAUUUGAGUGUGGUAACAUUGUGAACGCACUGACAGAUUCCUCACGUUUUAACGCGAUAAUAUAAGACCAAUAUCACGUCUAUAUGACUGACUUUCGUUACUUAAAAGCUGUUGUCAGGUCGGCUCUUGCUAAUAAGGAAAGGGCCCCAUUCAUAACUAUCUUUGAAAAGGAAGGUUGAUCCAAUCAAGGCGCACUGGCGCAGUUGAAACCGGAAGCUGUGGAAGAUACACUGUGGAGCGUUGUUUGUUUUAAAUGACAGAUGAUGAAUGACAUUUUUGAACAUUAAACAGAUAUAUACAGCACUUAUAUGCAGCACUGAAACUUACAGAUACUAAUGGGUUUUCGUAAUGGGGUCGAUUAAAGCACCUUUGUUUAUUGCUGUGUUCAGGUAAUUCACCGAAACUCCGUCACAUCCCACUGCCACUCCUACAAAUGCUCACGGCUGUGAACUAUGUUGUCAAACUGGUAUGUCUCGUACCUGAUGAGUUAAGAUGUCGCAGUGAAUGCGAACACAGUUUCCUUCUACGGAGCACAAAAAAGUGUCAAGGUACAAUGCUGGGGUUUCCAGCGAUAUGUUUCUGCUUGAUAUCUCUGCUCCAUCUUGUUUGGGGCAGAGUGAUCUACAAUAGAAAUGAUGUGUUCCUAGAAGAAAAGUCAGCAGGUUCGUUUCUCUCCCGUAAACUGUUGUAUAACAGUUGGGAUUUUGAGUUACUGGUGCCUGACAAUCUACAGAGAGAAUGCAUGGAGGAAAUAUGCUCAUAUGAAGAGGCCAGAGAGGUGUUUGAAGAUGACACACAGACGGCCAAGUUUUGGGAAGGCUAUGUCAACAGUCAUGAGUCUUCACCCCCAGUUGAUGUGUCUGGUUUGGUAGCUGGUGUUGUGGCUAUUGUAAUAACAGCGAUUAUAGCCACUGUGUUGGGCAUUUAUUGCUACAAGAACAGAGGCAAAAAUUCAAGAGGGGCCAGUGUUCCUGUGCGUAUGGGUGUGGAUGGGCAGCCAAUACCAGAGUCUGUGCCCUUGGCUAACAGGGCUCCAGGUCUCCCCUCAUACAAUGAGGCUCUGACCCACAGCGGCCAGCAUGAUGCACCUCCACCGCCGUACUCUGGGGGAAGUCCACCCGAGCCACCACAAACUCAAGAAGAGGAAUGACAAAGACAUGAUGUUGUUGUUGUUGUUGUUGUUGUUUUUAAAUGGGGGAGGGGAGAGGGGUGAUACAGGGUUUUACUGGUGAAAAAGUGCAGCUUCAGUCAGUAGAUAAUUUAUUAUACUUAUGCCACAUGUUCAGCAGUUAACCCUAUUUUAUUCUUUAGAAUUAUUUUGCUACUAUCAUCAUGGAACACAGUUUCGGUGUGAAUGCUGUCAAUAUUUUAAUGAAUCAGAUUUGUUCAUUUUUUUUUUUAAAGAGUUUUAUCAAAUGGAAUUUAAUUUUCGUUAUUAAUAAAAUAAAUCAAAUGUAGCCAAACUUGAA